AUGUCUAUGAGGCUUCUCCUGGUGUUGACACUGAGCGCUGUGUUGGGUGUACUGGCCCAUGCUACCAUAGAGCAGGAGGCCCGAGAGUUCCUCAAGAGGGUGGAUGACAAUGCCACGAUCCUGGUGUACGAUUAUACGGUGGCAUCAUGGGAAUACAACACUAACAUAACUACAGAAAAUGCAGACAAAGUGUCGGAGAAGGGUGCCGUAUGGAGCUCCUUCUACAGCAAGGCAUCAGCGGCAUCCAGCGCAUAUCCAGUUGAUCAGAUCAGUGACCCUGAACUCAAACUACAGCUGAUAGCACUGCAGGACAAAGGCUCUGGAGCAUUAUCGGAAGAUAAAUAUGAUCGUCUCAACAAGGUGAUGAACGAAAUGAGUACCAUAUACAGCACGGGAACAGUGUGCAAAGCGAACGACCCUUUUGACUGUCAGACCCUGGAGCCAGGCCUAGAAAGUGUGAUGGCCAACAGUAAGGACUAUUAUGAGCGUCUGCAUGUGUGGGAAGGCUGGAGGGUGGAGGUGGGCAAGAGGAUGAGGCCGCUUUACGAGGACUACGUCGACCUGAAGAACGAGGCUGCCAGACUGAACGGUUACGCUGACUAUGGAGAUUACUGGAGGUCAAACUAUGAGACGAUAGAUGAGGGGGUGUACAAGUACACCAGAGACGAAUUAAUGACGGAUGUUCGCAGGAUCUACCAGGAGAUCAUGCCACUUUAUAAGGAGCUCCAUGCCUAUGUAAGGGCAAAGCUGCAUGAUGUUUACCCAGGUCACAUACACCCUGAGGGAGGCCUUCCUGCACAUUUGCUUGGUGACAUGUGGGGUAGAUUUUGGACAAAUCUAUAUCCAUUAACUGUUCCUUUUCCCAACAAACCUGACAUUGAUGUGACUAAUGCGAUGGUUGAACAGGGUUGGACGGUCAGACAAAUGUUUGAUGAAGCGGAAAAAUUCUUCAUGUCGGUGGGUUUGGAACCACUGUUCGAAAACUUCUGGAGCAACUCGAUGCUGGAGAAACCGACGGAUGGAAGGAGUGUGGUGUGUCACCCCACAGCCUGGGACAUGGGCAACAGGAAAGACUACAGAAUCAAAAUGUGUACCAAGAUCAACAUGGAUGAUUUCCUGACAGUUCAUCAUGAGCUGGGGCACAUCAAAUAUGACAUGGCGUACCGCCACCUGCCUUACCUCCUGAGGGAUGGGGCCAAUGAGGGUUUCCACGAAGCUGUGGGAGAGAUCAUGUCUCUCUCUGCCGCUACACCCAAACACCUGAAAGCUUUAGGGCUUCUGCCAGCAGGUUUCACAGAUGACCAAGAGACAGAGAUCAACUUUCUGCUGAAACAGGCUUUGACCAUUGUUGGUACCAUGCCUUUCACCUACAUGCUGGAGGAGUGGAGGUGGCAGGUCUUCCAGGGUAACAUCCCCAAGAAUGAAUGGAUGCUUAGAUGGUGGGAGAUGAAGAGAGAUUUAGUGGGGGUGGUGGAGCCAUUACCAAGAGAUGAGUCAUACUGUGAUCCACCUGCAUUGUACCACGUCUCCAAUGAUUUCUCCUUCAUCAGGUACUUCACCAGAACUGUUUACCAGUUCCAGUUUCAGGCGGCUCUUUGUAAGGCUGCGGGACACACUGGGCCGCUCUUCAAAUGUGACAUCACAAACUCCACUGAAGCUGGCCAAAAGCUGAAGGCCAUGCUACAGCUUGGCAAAUCCCAGUCCUGGACCAGAGCUCUGGAACAGAUAGCAGGGGAAAGGAGGAUGAAUUCCACUGCACUGCUGGAUUACUUCAGCACGCUCUAUGAUUGGCUGAAAGAGGAGAAUCAGAAAAACAACAGGAUGGCAGGAUGGAGAAGUUCAGUGGAUCCCUAUUCAGAGGAUGCCUUCAAAGUAAGAUUGAGUCUGAAGGCUGCGCUGGGAGAUGAAGCGUACCAGUGGAACAAGAAUGAGCUGUACCUCUUUAAGACCGCCAUGGCAUAUGCUAUGCGUCAGUACUACACCACAGUGAAGGGGCAGCAGACUGACUUCAUGUCUAAGGACAUCCAUAUAUACAAAGAGACACCCAGGAUCUCAUUCUAUUUUGUUGUCACUGAUCCAGCAAACCCAGUUAAAACCAUCCCAAAGGCUGAGGUAGAGGCUGCCAUUCGGUUGUCUCGUGGACGCAUCAACAGUGUUUUCCUCCUUGGUGAUGACACACUCGAGUUUGAAGGUCUCCAAGCAACCUUGUCCCCACCUUCGGAUCCUGCCGUGGAUACAUGGCUCAUCGUGUUUGGGGUGGUGAUGGGUGUUGUGGUGUGUUUGGGCAUUUUCCUUGUCGUCUCUGGAUUCCUGAACCGACACAAGAAAUCAAAAAAGGAGGAAGAAGUGCAGUCUUCCGACAGUGAGAGCUAUCAUGAAGGAGUCCCAAAUAAAACCUUUGAAGAUGAUGAUAAUCUUCAAACUAAGGUGUGA